AUGUCGUUCUGUAGAAUAACUGGUCGCAGUCGAGGGCUACCGAAGCCCAACUAUUUUCCCCUACUCGCCCCUAUUUCGCCAGCUGACGCCAAACGAUGCUGCAGGAUCACCGGAAAAUCUUACGGGCUGCCUUCACACCACUACAUUCCAGUACUUUUAACCGCCCGCUCAUCGAAGGCAAAAUGUAAAAUAACAAACGUAUCCGGCGAACUGGGACCACAUCAUUACUCACCUGAGAUAAACUAUGGCAACAGAAAACACGAGAUUCUUCCAGACUACAGAUAUAUUUUCCCUGUGCUCGAUGGUUCUACAGAAGCACAAAAAAGCUUAAUGGAAAUGUUACUCGGCAAACAAGUCACAGAAGACAAGCGUUAUGUAUAUACAGUGCAAGAGAGAAGAUGCAGUUUGGUGUUUUCCGCUCAAAUGGAAGCGGCAGUGCGAGAUGGUGACGUCAGAGACGUAAUGCUGGCUAAGGAUUCUGAUACUGUGCUGAUAAAAACAAAGCAUGGACGCAGUGUAUCUAUGGACUUCAAGGACUUUACUGAAGACGUUGAAAUGUUUGAAGGAGAGGGACCGAAUGCUGAGGUGUUAAAACAAAGAGAAAUUGAAGAAUUAGAAGAAAAGAAGAAGAAAAGGAAACGAGCUGCUGGAUUGUCAUCUAUGAAAAAAAUAUUUGAAAACAAAGAAAAAUUAGCAGAAGUAGAAGAACUUGAGGAAGAAAAGUUACGUGUCGAAAGAAAAGCGAAAAAGGCUAAAUUUGAAGAAAUUAAACACGAUGUUAAAGCAUUUAGCUAUAAUAGCUUUGAUGCGCACCACAUGCGGUCAAAGUCAAGUAUUAUAGCAUGCGCUAGUCAAACGGUACUUUCCGAGGACGGAUUCAAAUUUGUACCCGGAAAAAUAAUUAACACUGGUCCCGAGGAUGUGUUUGUACCUGGACAAACUUUGAUGACACCCGAAGGAGUACAAUUUAUUCCUGGACAAACAAUAAUAGAACAAGAUGGCAUUACAUUUACUCCUGGACAAAAUGCCAAGAUUAAUAAUGAAUGGCAGUUUGUACCCGGACAAGUGUUGCAUCAAGAUGACGAGUUACAUUUCGUGCCAGGAGCUACGAUAGCUACUCCCAAUGGCCUUAAAUUUGUUCCAGGCCAGACAGUUUCUAUUGAUGGCGAAACUUGUUUUAUACCUGGCGUUACGAAAACACGAAGCAACAACGAACUGGAGUUCGUUCCAGGCACUACUGUUGAGACUAUCGAUGGGCCGAAAUUUAUUGAAGGGCAAUUAGUACACACUGACUGUGGUGAAAAAUUUAUGCCAGGAAAAACAAUUGUCCAGGCAGAUGGACAUGUUGAAUUUUCCGUUGCGAAGUCUAUUGAAGAUAUUGCGUUCAGUGAAGGUGCUCCCGUAGGUCUGCCUAUUGAUAUAAAAACAUGUUCUCUCUCUGAAGAAUCAUUGUACGUGUUUGGUCAUAUGGUACAAACGGCAAAAGGAAUUGAAUUUUAUCCCGGACCAAGAAUGCCCAAACUAGAAGGCAAAGUCGUCCCAGGUCGACUUGUAAAGAAUGAAGCAAACGAAUCUCGUUUUGUUCCAGGAAUGAUGGUUGAAGGCAUAUUCGUUCCUGGCCAAAUAGUAUUUACGGAAAAUGGAGAACAAUUUGUUCCCGGUCAAGUGGUAGAUACAGCUGAUGGACCCAAAUUUGUACCUGGACAAGUUGUCAACACCAAAUCUGGGCCUAAAUUUGUUCCUGGUCAAACUAUACACACAAUCGACGGCCCACGGUUCGUGCCUGGUCAAAUUAUUGAAACUAAAGCUGGCCCAACAUUCAUUCCUGGUCAAGUGAUUUCCACAGAAGAUGAAGGUUCAAGGUUUGUGCCUGGUCAGGUUGUUGACACCGAGGAAGGUCCAAGAUUCGUCCCUGGUAGAGUUAUAGAAACUGAUGAUAAUGGCGUAACAUUUAUUCCUGGACAAAUUGUUCAGACUCCAGAAGGAUUGAAGUUCGUUGCCCCUGAUCUUACUGAGGGUGAUGAAGGACUUGAGUUUUCAGUUCAAAGUUUUGUUGUUACCCCGGAAGAAUUAAAAUUACUAAAAGUCAAAACAAACCCGAACGAUACUACUUCAACAAAAGGAGAAUUAACUAUAGAUACAAACAUGCUACGACAACUAUCCGAAGCUGGAAUGUCAAUUGGUAGACAAGUACCCGCUGAGUUGCCUGCUAUCAACGUUGUACUAAAUCACACAAGAAAUGCCGAAGCAUUGAAGGCUUUCGUUACAGAUUUUGGUUUGAAAGAUGAAGUAGCAAAUCAAUUGAUGGAUGUAAUUACCUCGAUAAUUGAAAUGAGUGCUCAUUUAAAAUCUGAAAUUCACAAAGAAAAUGGAUUACCAAAUGAUAUAAAAAAGAAAAAUGGCAAGAAACGAAUGGACUUGCAAGACCAUGUUGGGUUCUCCGGCGGUAAUGGACAAUCUGCGCAUCAAGAACAUGUUAAAAACUCUAUCGCUGCUGCUGUACUGGCUGCUUUGGUUACUGCCGAACAAUUUGAAGAAGUUAAUAACAACAAUAGUAAAGAAAAAUACCAGAUGAUCCUUAAAUCUAUUGACACUAUUUUAGGAAAAACUAUUGACGAGGACCUCGUUUCUGCUAUGUUUAACAUUCUUCAAACAGAAGAAAAUAAAGAAUCGCUACGUGAAGAAAUCCUUGAGAACUCCUCCCAGCCUAAGGUCGAGUUGAUUAAAAUUGCUGUCAACAACACAUUGCACAAACAUUCCUUUACUGAAGAUGAUAUAAUUGAGAAAUUCGGAGAAUAUCUGAGCAGUGAAAAUGAAGUACUAGGGCCAGCGUUUAAAAAUAUUUCUAAAAUCGACUCUAGUCUGCUUCAUCACGUUCUUGGUCGUAUCUCAGAAUCAAUUUCAUUUGUUAAAUCUGACCGCGAAGUCACAGAAACAUUACAGAAAGCCAUAGUCUGUGCAGUACAAGAGGCCAGUACCAAGGAGUUGGAAGUAUUAUUUCAAGACAAAGAUAAAGAAAAUCUUAAAGAAUUAAUUACACAGUCCGUCGGACUUGCGCGAAUUCUAGGUCUGAGAGAUGUGGCUGCAAAUUUAAUAUCAGUGAUUAAUGACGAAGACAGCAUGUCUAAAAUAGCAUCUGAUCCCACAAGCCUAAACAUUCUGAAGAGACUGACUGUCAUGCGAAAACUAGCCGAUAACACACCGAGCUUGCAUUCUGCACUACAUAAACUGGAAACUGAUCCCUCACUGGCUCGCACAGAUCCCAAACUAAGGGAUUUAGUAAGAGAAAGUGCUGCGUUAAUGAUUGUUCCAGAAGAAACUCCAUUAAUGACUUCUGAAGACGUUCCAUUGAAUUUAUUAGACCCAGAAAACAGCUUGGCAAUGGAAGACUUUUUAUUCCAAAGAAGAAAACAGAAAGGAGCUUUAUUGAUUAUGAAAAAAGGUUUGCAAGCAGUGGUUCCCCGUGAAGCUAGUCGCGCCGUACUGACUGGAGAAGUUGCGUACACAGUUCUUGAUGAAAAUGGAAUUCGACACUUUGAACCACUACACGUAUUUUCAGCUUUAAACCUCAGUCAGCCAACAGCACAUCGUUUCUCGAUGUACAGCUGUCCUGUAGUUGAUGAUGACGAUGAAGACCUGCAGUCAUUCACCGGCUACUGCAACAUCAGCAACAAUCAGAAGAUCACUAGAUUGGGCGGCUGGUCGCGUAGAUACAGCGGUGUCUUGUUAGACAGAGAGAACACCAGGAGUCGAAUGAGUAGCUUGGAGACGACGCCAAGUUACAAACGAUACCCGUCACGUUCAAUGUCCAGUUCUAGAUCUAGGUCUAGUUGUAGUAGGAGCCCGCCUAAGGUAGAAGACGUUGUGGUUGCAUCCGCUGACUACUCAGCUGUUGCAGACGACGAAGUGUCUCUGAAGGCCGGCGACAUCGUAGAGGUUCUCGACACCAAGUCAGCCCUCGGAUCAAAGAAACCUCGGCUCGACCCUGAGCUGGACAUCAAGGCCGAACUAUUGGACACGUCCGCUGCCAAGCACAAGUUGGCUGUACGACCCAAGAAAAACCACCCCAGGAAAAAGACUGUGACCUCCAAGACUGAUGACGAAGGAAGAUGGCUAGUCCGCGUGAUAGAGGACGUGCAGGAGGGCGAGCUGCGCACCCGGCAGGGGUACGUGCCCGCCGAGGUGCUCAAGGAAAAGCAAACUGCUGAGAGGGACCAAACUGCUCUGGCCGCGAGACGACAGGCCGUGGUACGAGAGUUAGUGGAGACGGAAGAAGAGUUUGGGCGCGACAUGCAGCAGGUGGUGACGCGGUACAUGAAGCCCAUCGACAAGGCCACCACGCCCAAGGCAGUGUUCGACAACCGGGAGCUGCUCUUCUCGAACUUUAGGCAGAUUUGCGAGUUUCAUAAUACGAUAUUAUUAGAGGGGAUAAAAUACUACGCCAGCGAACCGAAAAUGCUCGGACGAGCACUUUUACGAAUGGAGCGAGAAUUCGACAAGCACGUCAGCUACUGCCGUGACGAGCCCAGAGCACAGCAUCUGCUGGCCACCGAACCCGUGGUCAACAAGUAUUUUCAGGCGGCAACGGACUCGUUGCUCCUGGUGUUGCGAGUGUUUAUAGGCAGCGCUUUUGCUUACCAUCAGGAUUUAGCAGAUAGCCUCCGUGACGACAAAGGUAUCUCCGAACAUCUGAAGCUUCCAAUCCAAAGAAUUAACGACUACCAACUACUGCUGAAGGAAUUAGUAAAAUACUCAAAAAGGCUAGGCGAAGACUGCUCCGACCUCCAGAAAGCGUUAGAACUCUUCCUCAGUGUCCCCAACCGAGCCACUGACAACAAAUUCAUCGCGAGCAUCGAAGGGUUCCGCGGUAACAUCUACAAGCUAGGUCGGCUUCUCACCCACGACUGGUUCACCGUCUCCGAUACCGAGGGCAAGUCCAGGGAAAGAUACGUCUUCCUCUUCAAGGCCCGUGUCCUCAUCUGUAAGGUCAAGAAAGUCGGAGACGAUCGCUCAGUCUUCGUGCUUAAGGAUAUUGUCAAGCUACCGGAGGCCGAAAUCAAGGAAAACCCCGCUGAGCCCCUUAAGUUCACACUUUGCCAGAAGGACCCGCCGCUAACUGUAACACUAGCUGCUCACAAGGAACAAGUUAAGACUAAUUGGCUCGCUGAAAUUAGAAAACACGCUAGUGACCUCGUCGCCCUAGCCGAACACGCCGCAGACGACCUCCAGGUGCUACCACCUGAAGGCAUCCCAGCAGAACCCGAGGAGAAGAAGAAGAAGAGAGAUCACGCUGAAGUUGCACAAGCAGAAGCAGUAGAAUCCAAAGAAAAACGCUCCCGCGUUGAAGAAACUACUCAAAUAGCAACUACAGAAGAGGCUCAGCAACUUAAAACAAAAAGGAAAGCAUCAAUAGAAAGUGAGGUCGCGACUAAAAUCUCCAAGUCUGAAGUUACUGAGGUAUCUUCAGUCAGCGAGACACAACAAUCUGUCAAAGUCAGCUCAGUGAGCGAAAGUUCUAAAGUCACUGAAAAAACCGCGUCUGUUUCACAAUCAGAGCAAACUAGUCAAGUUACUGUAGUAGCAGCUGCAUCAGAAGUAAAGGUUGCGCAAGCAACAUCUGUGCAGUCAACACAACAGACGUCUGUUCAGAGUUCCACUGUACAACAAUCUUCUCAAGAGAGCUCAAUACAAGCAACCUCCCAGAGGGCAUCAGUCACUGAACAGUCAACAGCACAAUCAAUUGAAAGUACUACACAAAGUGCUCAAAAAUCGUCAUCUCAAGCAACUAGUGUCGAAUCAAAAACACAAGAAGCCACAUCUAUACAGCAAACAUCUUCGUCUGUUGAACAAUCCAGUAAGCAAUCAACAGCUUCCGAAUACAAGACACAAGCAUCGGUGAAGGAGACGACAGUUGAAGAAACUGUUGUAGCGUCUCAACAAUCUACUAAUGUUCAAGAAGUUACUACACAACAAUCUGUAGUAGAAGAAACUAAAGAAAGUACUUUAGAAAAGGUCAGUGCCACUGGCGACGAGUCUACGCAGCAAGCUUCUGGUAACGGUCAAACUGUAACCACAGAGGAAGUUGGGGAAGACGAGAUGUCUAGGUAUAGCCGCAGUACGCGGCUCUCUGGAGAAUACUCCAGUAGUAGCCGAAAACUAUCAAGUGGAGGUCGCUACGAAUCAUCGUCUACGUACGAUGGCAGUGGACUAACUUCCUCCUACUCGCGACGUGAGAGUGGGUCGCGUUUGGAAUCCUCCAAGUACGAAUCAGGAGGAGCCAUUGAGGGAACUGCAAGUUCACGCUACGAAGCCAAGUACUCCUCAAAAACUGAAGGAGGAUCCAAAUACGGAAUUGAGUCCAGCUAUGAAAGCAAGUCUGAAUCUGGUUCCAAAUAUGGAAUUGAAUACGAUAGUGCCAGUAAGAUCGACAGCAUCGCAUCAAAAUACGGCAUCGAAUCUAACGUGGAGAGCAAAUCUGAAAGAUCUGCUUAUGCGAUCGAGGGCGACAGUGCCAGCAAAAUAGACAGCAUCGCCUCAAAAUACGCGUCAAAGAGAAACAGUAUUAAAUCUAGCGUUGAGGGUGGCAACAUCGAAUCAAGCCUGGAAGCUAAAUAUGAGAGCAAAACAGAAAGCUCAGCUUACGGAAUCGAAUCCGACACUACAAGCAAAAUUGACAGCAUCGCGUCUAAGUACGCUUCGAAGAGAAGCAGCAUCAAGGCUAGCACCGACGGAGACAAGGUCGAAUCUAUUUCUUCCACGACCGAGAGUAGCUAUGAGACCGUCAAGAACGGAGACUCAUCUUAUGAGAGCAAGUACUCGAAGAAGUCUAUCGCCAACGGCUCAGUAAGCACUGGCUAUGAAUCAGCAAGGUCCGUCUCUAAAUCUGAAUCUCAUGAUGGAAAGCCAGUAUUCACGAAAACGUUAGAGGGCCAGAACAUUGAGCCUGGUGAGAACGCAAUCUUCGAAUGUCUUCUGCGUGAGUCUAAGGACGUGAAGGUGACAUGGCUAAAGGACAACAAGCCCCUGACGGACCGGCUCAUGGACCGAUGCUCCAUCUCCCUGGAGGAUGACGGCGGGUUCAAACUAGAGCUGAAGCACUGCCGAGAGUCGGACGCGGGAGUAUACACCGCCAUCGCGGAAAAUGUCAAGGGAAAUGCCCACUGUACCGCACAGUUAGUCGUGCAGGAGUUGACAGCUGAAGAGCGUAGAGAAAGGAAUGCUUUGAAAGCGCCCUACUUCCUCGUCGCACUCAAGGACACGGAGAUCAUGGAGAACACAUAUCUACGCUUCAUGGUGAAGGUCAAGGGCGACCCUAACCCUGAUGUCAAGUUCUACCGCGACGACAAAGAGAUCCUCACCACCUCAGAAUCAGACCGCGUGUCCAUCAUACGUACCCGCGCGGACCGUGGAUGUUACGAGCUGGUCAUCGCGGACGUGCUGCCCUCUGACGCCGGCCGCUACUCUUGCAAGGCCACAAACAUCUACGGAGAGGUCACUUCUGAGGCCACUGUUACUGUCGUUGAUGACAAGAACAUCUUCGGUGAACUUCCACCUGGUGGCGAAGGCCUCCUGGCCAAGGGAGAGAAAGCAACGUUCACAUGGAAGAGGGAUGGACAGGCUUUCGACCCUGAAGAGAGGUUCAAGGUGCUGCUGGGAGACGACGAGGACUCGCUGGCGCUGGUGUUCCAGCACGUGAAGCCCGAGGACGCCGGCAUCUACACCUGCGUCGCCAAGACCAGCACCGGGAACAUCUCCUGCUCCGCCGAGCUCACUGUACAAGGAGCGGUGCACGAGCUGCACCGGGAGCCGGAGAAGCCGACGCUGGUGAUAGAGCACCGCGAGGCGAUCGUCUCCGCCGGCGCCUCCGCCAUGCUGGAGCUCACCUGCAAGGGAUACCCCAAGCCUAACGUCGUCUUCAAGCACAAGGGCAAAGACGUUGAAGCUGAUACUAGGCACAAAUUCCUAUACGAGGACGAGGAGACCAUGUCUUUGGUGAUAAAGAACGUGACGCAGGCGGACGCGGGCGAGUACCAGGUGACCGCCUCCAACGACCUCGGAGAGGACACCACCACCAUGAACCUCAUCGUCAAGGCCGCGCCCAAGAUUAAGAAGAAGAUUGAGAACCAGACUUGUAUGGUGAGCUCCACCCACACAGUAACAAUCGAAGUAGAAGGCGCGCCGGCUCCAGACGUGACUUUCUACAAAGACGGAACUGAGAUAAAGAGCUCGGAGCGUAUCACCAUCGUGAAAGAAUCCGACGAGGUCUACAAGAUCACCAUCAAGGACGCCAAGCUCACCGAUACUGGUUCCUACUCUGUUGUCGCCAAAAACGAAGUGAACCAAUGCUCGGACUUCUGGCAAUGGCACGUGACGUCACCGCCCAAGGUCAUCAAGAAGAUGGGCGAGAAUAAGGUUUGCGAGGAGAAGGAAACUGUCACCUUCAAGGUGGAGACCCAGUCUGAGCCAGCGCCUACAGUCUCAUGGUAUAAGAAUAAGGUAGAACUGUCCGAGUCGUCGACAGUGAAGAUCUCAUCAGCUGGGGAGGCGCACUCCCUCGUCAUCACCUCCGCUGCAAAAUCUGACGCCGGCGAGUACUCCUGCGAGAUCCGCAACAUACACGGCAGUACGUCGGACUCGUGCGUGCUGAACGUCAAGUCGGGCCCGUACUUCACGCAGAAACUGAAGGACACCACCGCCAGCGAGGGAGACGUCAAUGUCGAGUUCACCGUCGCCGUCGAGGCUUACCCUGAACCCACCGUCAAAUGGUACUUGGGCGACGUGGAGAUCACGGAGAAGAAGUCAGUAUUCACCCGCGUGGACAGCGGCAACACCCACAAGCUGAUCCUGAAGGAGGUGUCGGCGGAGUACUCCGGGAACUACUCCUGCAAGGUCUCCAACGUGCUCGGGGAGGAUUCCUGCUCCGCUACCUUCACUGUCAACAGGAAACCUCGUUUCACCAAGAGUCUGAUCGACAUGACCGUGGAUGCUGGACAAACGCUGAAACUGGACGUGGAGGUUGAAGGCUGUCCCGAACCCAAGGUCAAGUGGUUCAAGGACGGCAAGGAGGUCAAUACUGAUGCCAGGAUUAAGAUCGAGAGGGAUACGAAGAGAUUGGAGAACUACCAUCUAUCAGUGACCUUGGUAAAAGAGGAAGAUGGUGGUGACUACGAGGUCAGGGCCGAAAACGAGUUUGGUAGUGUCUCUUCUAAGAGCACGGUCACCGUACACACGCGCGAGAUUCAUUCGACGUUGAAUAAAGAAGCAAUUAUCGAAAGUGAAAUAGAUGAUGAAAGCAAAAAGUCGAAAAAAGCUCUGGAAGACGAUGUGGAUACAGGGAAUAAAAAGUCAGCUAAGUUAGCCAAAGCGGAGACAGUAGAAGAAAAGUCGAUAUGGGAUGACGACGAAGAUGGUAAAGCUAAAAAAUCAACUGUAGAUGACGUAGAUUCGUCACCCAACUCUGCUAAGAAAUCGCUCACAGAACCUGAGAUUGCAGAAGAAAAGUCUUUUUGGGACGAUGUAGAUGAAGAUAAAAAGACCAAAAAACCGUCAGUUGAAGAAGUAGAGUCAAAACCAACCAAAGGCAAGAAAUCUAUUACCGAGCCUGAAGUAGCUGAGGAAAAGUCCUUCUGGGACGAUGUAGAUGAAGAUAAGAAAUCAAAAAAGCCAUCCAUUGAAGAACUAGAGUCGAAACCAGGUAAAGGUAAGAAAUCCGUUACUGAACCUGAAAUAGUGGAAGAGAAGUCCUUCUGGGAUGAUGCUGACGAUGGAAAGACAAAACAACCUAUUGUGGAAGAACCAGAUACGCCUAUUAGUAACAAAGCAAGGAAGUCCGUUACUGAACCUGAAGUAGCUGAAGAGAAAUCAUUCUGGGAUGACGAUCAAGAUAAACCGAGCAAACCAACUAUUGAAGAAAUUGACUCAGCACCUGCUGAUGCGGGAAAAAAAUCCUUCUCAGAGCCAGAAAUAGCAGAAGAAAAAUCGUUCUGGGAUGAAAACCACAACGAACAAAACAAGAAGCCCGUCGUUGAAGAGGUUGUUACAAAAAAAGACGCUGGAGAGAAAAGUGCCACUAAGCCAGAGUCGAUUGAAGAGGUCCCAAUCGCUGACGACCUGAAAUCACCCAAGCGUAAAUCAGUUAAAAAACAAUCUCUAGAAGAACCAUUAAGUGCUGAAACUGAAGGCCGAGUUUUUGAAACAGUAACUACGUUCAAGACAGGCGAAGAUGGUGCUAUAAUAAUGUCUAAAGUCAGCAGCACUCGGUCUCACGGCGCUAUUAUCACAGGUCCGGCCGAAACACACACUUUACACAAAAUGACGUCAAAAUCACUUUAUUAUGAUGAUGAUGACUUUUUCGGCGGCAGAAGGUUAAUACAGCCAAACAAACCACAUACGACUUCUUUGGAAGUCGAAGAAAUCGCUAGCCACAGUUAUUUCUUGACGGAGAUGGGCCAUUAUACUAUACCGGAUCAUGUUAGACGAGGUACCUACGGCAUUAUUGAAGAACCGCAAACUGACUCCGAAGCUGAAACGGGGUCGCGAUGUGGAAAGAUGGGAGCAAACCGAACUGUAUCCAUCAUGUCAGUCUCAGAAGACGAGAUGAGCUGGCAGAACGAACCUCUCUCUAGAGAAAUAUCGAUCGAAGACCUGUCGAAGUCUAUAUUCGACAUCGACGAAACUAGAAAAGUAUUUAGCAAAGACUCUUACGUUCGCCAAACUUCUUUUAAAGAAGAUUACAUCAUUGGUGAAGAUGAAGAAGAGUCUUUAAUUUUAAAAGAAAAGUCGCAAAAGGUAUUUGAGAAUGACAUUACAGAGAAACUCAUACACAUUUCGAAGGAAUUCGACGAAAACGAAUACGAAUCCGUCGACAAAAAGAUAGAUAACGUUAAAAAUAGAAUAAUAGAAGAACUAGUAUUAGCGCCCAUGAAGAACUUCGAUAGUAUUACGAAAGAUGUGACGGAGACUACUGUUGAGAGGAAGAGAAAGAAUGAAACUAAAUUAUUUAGUUUGGAAGAGGAAAUGGAUGACGAGGUGGAAGCCCUCCUGAAACGAAGCCAGAGACAGAGGAGCAUACUAGAUGAUAUCCUAAAUGUGGAAGAUGAAAAAGCACCACCCACAAUCAAAGGCGGCAGUAUGAAGGACGGGCACGCUUACGAGUCCCUACCUCUAGUUUACUCAGUAGAAGUCUCCGGUUCUCCGAAACCCACGGUCCGUUGGCUGCACGACGGCAAAGAAGUCAAGCCAUGCGGCAGGGUUCACAUCACCAAUGAUGGAGAUCUGUUCAAGUUGGAGAUCGACAGCGUUCAGAUGAAGGACGCUGGCAAAUGGCAGUGUGAGAUCGUGAACGAUCUUGGAAAGCAAGUGCAGACCGCUCAACUGUCUGUGUCACCUGAAUCCGAGCUCCGCAAGCCAAAGUUCACGGCUCCGCUGGAGGCGCAACGCGUGGUGCAGAAGGAGCCGGUGUGCCUGCAGGCUGUGUGCACGGCGGACCCACAGCCGCACGUGGCGUGGCUGCUCAACGGGGUCGAGCUCACGCCCAGCGCCACCAUACUCACCUCCGCCGACACCAAGGACCUUGAUCAUGGACUCAAGGAAUGCACCUUUACUCUGCAAAUUCCUACUGGUCGUCACACCGACACCGGUGAGUACACGAUCCAGGCUACAAACAAGUACGGUGUGGGCGAGAGCUCCGCGCGUCUCGACAUCUUACUGCGACCCGAGAUUGAAGGUCUGAAGGAUAUCACCGCCGUGCCCUUCGAGGAGACCACCUUCAUCGCCAACGUAAGGGCCAACCCUAUCGCUGAGGUCAAGUGGCACAAGGACGGCUACGUGAUUCAACCAUCGUCUCGCUACGACAUAGUGGAAGAUCUGCCUAACGAGAAGUACCAGCUGACCAUCAAGAAGGUGGGAGUGGAUGACGGAGGGGUCUACACUCUAGUGGCCAAGAACGAGGUCGGAGAGACCUCGCAGCAGGCCACGCUUAUGGUGCACACCGGGGCACCAGUGUUCACGAAACCCCUACAAAAGCAGUCGGUGAAGGACUAUGACGACUGCGUGCUUAAGGUGCGCUGUGACGGAGUGCCCAAACCUGACGUGGAGUGGUACCGGGAGGGAGAGCUCGUCUGCAACGACCAGAGGCACACAAUCACAACAGAGGUCGGAGGGCAGGUCGACAGCGAGCUGGAGAUCAAGCACUUCAACGCUAGCGAUGCCGGCAAGUACAAGGUCCGCGCAGUGAGCCUGGCAGGCGAGGCAGUAUGCGAGGCUGCCAUCACGCUGGAGCAGAAGUCUCCCGGGUUCUCGCACAAGUUGGAGCGGCAGAAGGACGUCGACGAGGGAGACCUUCUUGAACUGAAGGCCAAGCUCGAUGGCAGCCCUAUGCCUACUGCUAAAUGGUUCAAGGACGGCGCCCCUCUAUCCCCGGAGGACGAGCGCGUCCAGCAGAGUGCCCUCCCGGACGGCACGGUGAAGCUGUGCAUCGAGCGCGUGCGGCCGGCAGACUGCGGCGCGUACAAGCUCGUCAUCUCCAACCCCCACGGGGACAGCUCCGCGCUCUGCGCCGUCGCCGUUAACCCUACACCAAGGAAGCCGUCAUUCAGCCAAGAGUUGGAAGACGUGAAGGCAGUGGUCGGCCAGCCACUGAAGCUGGAGGCCAGGGUCAUGGCAUUCCCCGCGCCCGAGAUCAAGUGGUUCAAGGAUGGUCUGCCGGUACGUCCGUCUCAGGCGGUGAACUUCGUGAACCAGCCGGGCGGAGUGGUCGGCCUCAGCAUCGACUGCUGCAAGCCGGAGGACGCAGGAAACUACUCCCUCACCGUCACCAACAGACUCGGAGAGGUUGCGUCUAAAGCGAAGGUAGAAGUAGGUCAGAAGGAGCGCAAGCCUGCGUUCAUCGCUGAGCUGCAGCCCACCAAGGUCAUCGAAGGGUUCCCGGUCAAACUGGAGGUCAAGAUCCUUGGACACCCACAACCUACACUCAAGUGGACCCACAAUGGCAAGGAGAUAGUCCCAGAUGGCCAACACAUCCGCGUGGUGUCGCAGCCGGACGGAACCCACGCGCUGCUCAUCGACCGCGCCGCCGCGCCCGACGCCGGCCAGUACGGGGUCAUCGCUGCCAACGACAAGGGCGAAACUGCCAGCAACGCUGAUCUUACUGUCGCUAGUCGUUCCGACGACUCCAGUCCCCAAGAGCGCCCUCGCUUCAUCCACGGCCUGCGCGACAUGACGGCAGAGGAGGGCCAGCCCCUCUCCGUGUCGGUACCCUUCGUGGGCAACCCCGUGCCUGAGGUCACGUGGACCAAGGACGGAGUGCCUCUCAAACCUAAUGAGAAGAUACGCCUCACUUGUGAUGGAAAGAGGGUUGGUCUGGAGAUCAGCUCGAUGGAGCUGCCCGACGCGGGCGUGUACUCCAUCAAGCUAGUGAACCCGCUGGGCGAGGACAGCUCCGACGGGAACAUCAACGUCCGCAAGGUCUACUCCGCGCCCAGCUUCUCGCAGAAGUUCACAGACCUGCAGCAGCUCCCAACAUUCGACGCGAAGUUCCCGGCGCGCGUGUUCGGCAUCCCGUUCCCGGAGAUCUCGUGGUACAAGGACGGCGCCCUCCUCCGGCCGAGCGACAAGUACAACAUGAAGCGCGACGGGGACGCCGCCUGCCUCUACGUCCGCGACCUCACGCCCUCCGACGCCGGCCGGUACCGCUGUCUCGCCAAGAACAGAGAGGGAGAGGCCACUUGCGAGGCCAAUCUGGACGUCGUCGAUAAGAUAGCUCGCAAGCAGAAAGUAGAACCACCAGAGUUCCUGAAGAAGAUCGGCGACAUCGAGGUGUUCCGCGGCAUGAGUGCCAAGUUCACUGCAUGCGCCACCGGGACGCCAGAACCUGACGUCGAGUGGUACCGCAACGACGAGCGCCUGUUCCCGUGCGAGAGGAUCCGCAUGGACAAGGAGACCACCGGCCUGCUCCGUCUCACCAUCGGGGGCGUCGACCCCACCGACGUCGGCACCUACCGCUGCAGGAUAUACAACCCCCACGGGGAGGCGUCCUGCUCGGCGCAGCUUACCUAUGACACUCUAGAGCCCCACACCAGCAAGCGUCCUAUCGGCGACCAGUACUCGGACUUCGACAAGAUGAAGAAGACCGGCAUCCCCAUGCCGCUCGCAGACAGACCCAUCAUCAGCCGCAUGGCAGACAGACAUCUCACGCUCGGAUGGAAGCCCUCCAUACCUCACGGACCUAGGUUCCCUGUUACUUACCAGGUGGAGAUGUGCGAGGUCCCGGACGGGGACUGGUUCACGGCCCGCACGGGGCUCCGCUCCUGUGUCUGCGACAUCCGCAACCUGGAGCCCUUCCGCGACUACAAGUUCCGCAUACGCGUCGAGAACAAAUAUGGAGUCAGCGACCCUUCACCCUUCGCCAUCACACACCGCUCCAAACUUGAACCUGACCCUCCCAAGUUCAUCCCCUACCUCGAACCUGGUAUUGACUUCAGACCAGAGACUUCCCCCUACUUCCCCAAGGACUUCGACAUUGAGCGUCCUCCCCACGAUGGGUAUGCCCAAGCUCCCAAGUUCCUUCGCCAGGAGACUGACUCCCAGUAUGGCGUGAAGGGCCACAACGUGAACCUGUUUUGGUUCGUGUACGGGUACCCGAAGCCCAAGAUGACGUAUUACUUCAACGACGAGCCCAUCGAGAUCGGAGGCCGGUACGACUGGAGCUAUACCAGGAAUGGACAGGCGACGCUGUUCAUUAACAAGAUGUUGGAGCGGGACGCGGGCUGGUACGAGGCGGUGGCGAGCAACGAGCACGGGCAGGCGCGGCAGCGGGUGCGCCUCGAGCUGGCCGAGUACCCGCGCUUCCUGCGCCGCCCCGACGAGCUCGUACUGCUGCAGCGACGGACGGGCCGCCUCGAGGCGCGCGUCGCCGGCGUGCCAUACCCCGACAUCAAGUGGUACAAGGACUGGCAGCCACUCGCGCCCAGUGCCAGGAUCAAGAUCCAGUUCAUCGAGCCAGACAUCUGCCAGCUGGUGAUCCACGACGCCAUCUUGAAGGACGAGGGCCUGUACUCCAUCUCCGCGCGCAACGUGGCCGGCUCCGUGAGCUCGUCCGCCAUGGUCUAUGUCGAGGAGUCCGAGCACGAGUACAGCGACAGGAUCCGCGAGCACCCCCCACGUAUAAAGGCCAGCACGAAACCGUUCGGAGACUUCUAUGACCUUGGAGACGAGCUCGGCAGGGGCGUGCAGGGGGUCGUGUACCAUGCCGCGGAGAGACUUACUGGUCGCAACUACGCCGCCAAGAUAAUGCACGGCCACUCCGCGCUGAAACCGUUCAUGAAGAACGAGCUGGACAUCCUGAACCUGCUGAACGACCGGCACCUGGUGCGCCUGCACGACGCGUACGAGCACGAGCACACCCUCGCGCUCGUGCUCGAGCUCGCGGGGGGCGGCGAGCUCGUUCGGGACAGGCUGCUGCGCUCCCAGUACUACACCGAGAGGGAGAUCGCCGGGUACAUACGACAAGUGCUGCGCGGGCUCAAGUACAUGCAUGACAACAGCGUCGCGCAUCUUGGACUCACGAUCGGCGAGCUGCUCCUGUCCCACGCAGGCAGCGACGAGCUGAAGCUGUGCGACUUCGGUCUGUCUCGCCGCAUCCAGUUCAGCAAGCACGCCAGCCUCGACUAUGGCAUGCCCGAGUUUGUGGCGCCCGAGGUCGCUGCAGGAGAGGGAGUCUCCUUCGCGGCCGACCUCUGGAGUCUUGGCAUCAUCACUUACAUCCUGCUCAGCGGACACUCGCCCUUCCGCGGGGUCAACGACCGCGAAACCCUCACCCGCAUCCGUGAGGGUCGCUGGGAGUGGCACGACGAGGAGUGGUGGUCCCGCCUCAGCACCGAGUCCCGGGACUUUAUCUCCAAACUCCUCGUGUACAACUGGCACGAACGUAUCGAUGUCAACACCGCACUCUCCCAUCCCUGGCUGAACCUCGCUGAUAAGAUCUACCAAGAAGAGUACCAGAUCACCACCGACAGGCUUAGGAACUACUACAACCUCUACAGGGACUGGACCAGCAACGCGCAAUGCCGCACGUGGUUCCGCCGCAAGCCGCUCAGCGGCGCCUACGAGCAUCCCUCCAAGAUGGUGUACCCGCCUGGAGAAACAUAUACUCCUGAAGCCACCCCGGACCGGGACCGCGUCCCCCACGACCGCGAGCCGGGCCAGCACGACAUCAACUUCAAGCAGUGGGACCACCCCGACUGGGAGGUCUCCGCCACAUCCGAGAGCCACUACCAGAACGGUCCGGACACGUACCUGCUCCAGCUGCGCGACACGCAGUUCCCGGUGAGGCUGCGCGAGUACAUGAAGGUCGCCUGCAACCGCUCGCCCGGGUACAGUCUCAACGUAUUCGACACAUACGACCCCAGGACUCCCAUCAUCCGCGAAAGACGUCGCUUCACCGACAUCAUGGAUGAAGAAAUCGAUGACGAGCGCCGCGAGAGGAUCAACAACUACGGCACAGAGUCAUACACCAUCCGACGACUCAGGCACGAGCUCGGCACCAGGCUCGACUCCUACGCAGAGGCACAGGCGCUCAUGGAGUCCAAGAAAGACGGACAGUUGCCCUUCUUCCGGGAGAAGCCCCAGCUGCUCCCCGUCAGGGAGGGAGAGAACGCCCAACUCUCCUGCUUCGCCGUCGGUGACCCUAAACCCGUCAUCCAGUGGUUCAAGAACGACAUGGUCAUCGCUGAAGGACAACGCAUCAAAAUCAUCGAGGACGACGAGGGCAGGUCCACGUUGAAGUUCGAGCCCGCCAAGCAUCACGAUAUCGGCUUCUACAAGGUCGUCGCCAGGAACAAAGUGGGGCAGACUGUCGCCAGGACCAGGAUCGUGGAGGCGACGACCCCGGACGCGCCGGAUAGCCCGGCCGCCGCCGACGUGUCGGACACCGAGGUCCUGCUCCGCUGGAAGCAGCCCAAGUACGACGGGAACUCCCCCGUCAUCUGCUACAGCCUGCAGUACAAGGCGGGCGACAGCGUGGAAUGGCGCGACGUGGCCAGCAACAUCGACCACGAGUUCUUCGUCGUCCGCAACCUGAGCCCCGACACCAGCUACCAGUUCCGUCUCUCCUCGCGCAACAGGAUCGGCUGGAGCGACAAGGGCAUCCCCACACACUUAGUCAAGACCAAACAGGCCGGCGCACCCAAGAUCGAAGUCACUAAAGCCAUGAGACACCUUCAACAAAUCACAGAAUCUGGACAGGAAGUCACUCUAGAGGAGAACAAACCCAAGCUGGACUAUUCCAUCGAGGAUAGACCAGUCGAGUGGGAGUCAUCUCAGCAGUUCACAGAACGUUACAGUUUCGUGUCGGAGCUGUGGCGAGGAAAGUUCUCGAUCGUUGUGAAGGGUAUCGACCGCGCGAAUGACAAUGUUGUUGUAUCCAAGAUCUUGGAGAACAGACCAGACACUGAAGUACAGAUCCAGAGGGAGUUCGAAUGUCUGAGGAGGCUGCGGCACGAGAGAAUAUCGAACCUAAUAGCUGCGUUCCAGGCUCCUGGCACCUCAGUCUCCGCCUUCAUCCUGGAGAAGCUGCAGGGCGCCGACAUCCUCACAUACCUUGCCAGUCGCCACGACUACACGGAGCAGAUGGUCGCUACGAUAGUGACGCAGAUCCUGGACGGCCUGCAGUACCUGCACUGGCGCGGCUACUGCCAUCUGGACCUGCAGCCCGACAACGUGGUCAUGGCGUCCGUCAGGUCCAUCCAGGUCAAACUCAUCGACUUCGGCUCUGCACACAAAGUCACCAAGCUCGGUACCAGCGUACCACAAGUAGGAGAACUGGAAUACAAAGCCCCGGAGAUUAUAAACGACGAGCCUGCGUACCCGCAGACGGACAUCUGGUCGGUGGGCGUGCUGACGUACAUCAUGUUGUCCGGCGUGUCGCCCUUCAAGGGGGCUGACGACGCGGAGACCAAGCAGAAUAUCUCCUUCGUACGGUUCCGGUUUGAGCAUCUCUACAAGGAAAUCACACAGGAGGCGACGAGGUUCCUGAUGUUCCUGUUCAAGAAGGUUCCCCUGAAGCGGCCGUCGGCGGAGGAGUGCUACGAGCACCGGUGGCUCACUCAGAGUGACUUCAUGAACAAGAAGAGGGAGAGGGCCGUCUUCCUAGGCAACAGACUGAAGGAGUUCUCGGACUCGUACCACGAGCGCAAGGCGCAGGAGGCGUCGCAGGCCGACACCGUGGCCGCCGCCUUCGGGGGCGCGCGGCAUCUCGUGCGAUCCAACAGCAUACAGGACGAACUACUCACCACCUUCAACACGCACUGACACACUGCAUCCGGGGACUCAUCUCGCAUCAACCUUUCUACACUUUUUACUAUUGAUUUUCCAAAUUUCUUAGUCCUUAGCUCAAUUCUAAAUCGUUAAAGCCCCUUCGAACUCAGUGCUAUUAUUUUAUCUUUACAUAAUGGGGGCUCGGGGCCCUAAAACGAUCAUGUCUAAGUCCCAUAGAUUUUUUACAAGCGAUUUUUAUUAGUAAGUCUGGACUCAGACCUGAUCGGACGGGCUCCACCCAUUUCGGCAAUUCCAAGUGUGUCGCAAACACAUCGUUCACAAAGUUUCAUGUACAUUAAUAUCAUCCAAACGGAAGUCUAGUCAUAAUGAGGAAAUGUUACGACGGUUUUGUUACUGUUAAGCUAUUUAUUGUAUACAAAUUUUUACUAUUUAUUUAUUAUUUAAACUAAUUGGUAUAUUGAUGCUCCAGUAUUAAUUAAACUUAAUAAAGAGCAUUGAUUUGAUAA